AAUCCCUGCAAGUGACUUUAGCUAUGGUUUGAUUCCUUUAAAGGCUGUGCAUGCACUAGAAUUGUUUUGUUUCUCUAAACUCUUUUCAUAGGAUCAGACUCAGAUGUCUGAUCGGAAAACUGGGUUUAUGGCAGACCAACUAUCAAAGACCACUUCGAUUUUUGGUUUAAGAUUAUGGGCAGUUCUUGGAGUUUGUGUUGGAGCAGCUUUUGUUCUCUUCCUGUUCCUCAUUUCCCUUUGGCUAGCUUCAAAACGAACUAAACGGAAGCCUUGUUCCAAACCAAGAAUCCCGGUUGUUUCCAAGGAGAUCCAGGAGAUCAAAAUGGAACCCCCAAAGCCUCACAGGACCCAAAUUCAAACCGACCCUGACCAGAGUACAGGCAUCGAAAGGCAGGCCUUGCUUCUUCCCUUGGAAGAGGAGAGCCCUACUGGUUUCCGUGGAAUUCACAUUGAGAUUGGGAAAGAUCAUAAGAUUUCAUACCCUGGUUUAUCCCCACAGACAAGUGGGGAGGCGCGUGUGGCUGGACCGGCGCCUGAAGUUUCACAUUUGGGAUGGGGGCAUUGGUACACUUUGAGGGAGCUUGAGUUUUCCACAAAUGGGUUUGCACAUGAGAAAGUGAUAGGCGAGGGUGGCUACGGGAUUGUUUACCAUGGUAGUUUGGAGGAUAACUCUCAGGUUGCUGUCAAGAACUUGCUCAACAACAGGGGACAAGCUGAGAAGGAAUUUAAAGUUGAAGUGGAGGCAAUUGGUCGAGUUAGACAUAAGAAUUUAGCAAGGUUGCUUGGUUACUGUGCUGAAGGAGCUCACAGGAUGCUGGUUUAUGAGUAUGUAAAUAAUGGAAAUUUGGAGCAGUGGCUUCAUGGGGAUGUAGGGUCUUGUAGUCCUCUGACUUGGGAUAUUCGGAUGAAUAUAAUCCUGGGAACAGCAAAAGGGUUAGCUUACCUUCAUGAGGGGCUUGAUCCUAAAGUUGUUCACCGUGAUAUUAAAUCAAGCAACAUCCUACUCGACAAGAGUUGGAACCCCAAGGUUUCCGACUUUGGCCUAGCCAAGCUCUUGGGAUCUGAGAGCAGCUACAUUAGAACUCGAGUUAUGGGAACAUUCGGUUAUGUAGCUCCUGAAUAUGCAAGCACGGGCAUGCUGAACGAAAGAAGUGAUGUGUAUAGCUUUGGGAUUCUUAUCAUGGAAAUAGUUACAGGUAGGAACCCUGUUGAUUAUAGCCGGCCUCCAGAAGAGGUGAACUUAAUUGAAUGGCUUAAGAAGAUGGUUGCUAACAGGAAUCCAGAGGGAGUAUUGGAUCCCAAGCUACCUGAAAAACCUACUUCAAGACCAUUGAAACGAGCUCUACUUGUAGCUUUACGAUGUGUAGACCCAAACGCGCAAAAGCGACCAAAGAUGGGCCAUAUCAUACACAUGCUUGAAACUGAAGAAUCCCCCUCCAAAGAUGAUAGUAGUAGAGCCGGAAGGGAUGCUGGACAGGUACAUUGUGACAGCACGAAGAAUGAAUCGACAGAGAAAAGGGUAGCGGAUUCGAAUGGCAAUGAAGUUGCAGUAAAUGCUGAUCGUGCAGAAUCAUGAUUUCAUGAUACCAGGAAUGCGAAGAAGAAGAGCACUGAAUAUAAUACGAAGUUGUUUGAGGUGAACUGCACAUUCUAGGUUCCUUGUUUAACUUCUUGAAAUGCCAAUUACAUGGUCCAUUUCGUUAUUCUUGUUAAUUUGCUCUUCGAUGUUUGUCAAUGGCUUCUACCGGAUAACUGAUGUAACUUCAAAAGAAUGUCUAGAUCAAGUUAUAAUGAUCAAUUUGUUAUCUAGGAGGGGCAACGAACUUUUAGUUUAAUCAUGUGAUUCAGAGUCAAAUUGUCACUGAACAAUUGAAUUUUCAACUAUACAAAUUAAAUUCCGGAUGAUUAUUAUCAGCAACCAUCUGCCAAAUCAUUAUUGCCGUUUGUCAGCU